AUGCGGCUGUUUAAGAGCCCAUUAGCAUCCGAUGCCACUGCUCCCUGGCAUUCUCGUUUCCCACCUGUUGGCGAGUCUGAAUCAGGGUACCUACACGGGGCCUACACUGUCGAGCCGCACCCCCGAAGGUUUCGUGAUGCCAACACAAACAUUUGUGCGGGUAGCAUGAAGAGGACCUGCGACGGGAAUGUGGCUCUCCCAGGAGACGAGGGUCUUGCUCGCGCUGACUGA